UAAAUAGGUGAUUGCUUAUUUAUCAUUUCACAACAUCAUCAUCAUCAACAACAACCAUAUUAACUAGAAGCAUAUAGAGCUUCUACAAUAUAAUGGCGAGUAUCUUAUCGAGUUGCCGUAGGGAUAUUCGACCACCGGUCACCGUUUUUAGCCCCAGCAUGUGGGGUGAUACUUUCUCUACGUUUUCUUUCGACGAACAGGUACAAGAAAAGUAUGAAAAGGCCAUAGAAACAUUAAAGCAAGAAGUAAGAAGCAAGUUGGUGGAAGCAACAUCCGGCAAACUGCUUAUAUCGGUUGACACACUCGAGCGUUUAGGGUUGGCUUAUCAUUUCGAAACGGAGAUCGAAGAAAAACUCGAGCAAAUUUACAACGAGGAUCAAGAAUUUGAUGACUUGUUCACCACCGCACUUCGAUUUCGUCUGUUAAGGCAACAUCAGUAUCAAGUUUCUUGCAGUGUGUUCGACAAAUUCACGGACGAAGCCAAUAAAUUGAAAGAAAUGGUUAGUAGUGAUGUUGAAGGUUUACUAAGCUUGUACGAAGCAGCUCAUAUUCGAAUCCGUGGAGAAGACAUCUUAGAAGAGGCUGUACCUUUUACGAAACAUCAUUUGACUCGUCGUCACAUGUUGUCGUUGGAAUCUCCACUUAAGGACAAAGUGAAGCGAGCUCUAGUGCACUCGCUUCAUAGAGGUGUUCCGAUUAUCGAAGCACGCGUUUACAUUUCCAUCUACGAAAAAGAUGAUUCAAGGGAUGAAAUUAUUUUAAAACUAGCAAAAUUGAAUUUCAAUUAUCUGCAGAAUAUGUACAAGGAAGAGCUCUCCGAACUCUACAGGUGGUGGAACAACUUUGACCUAAAGUCAAAAUAGCCGUACGCAAGAGACAAAUUGACAGAGUGCUAUCUCUGGGGUGUCGCAUUCCAUUUUGAACCUCAGUACUCGUAUGUUCGAAAAGCGGUUGCGAAAGCUGUGAAAAUGGUUACUGUGAUAGAUGAUACAUAUGAUAAUUAUGCUACACUCAAUGAAGCUCAGCUUUUUACUGAUGUUCUUGAAAGGUGGGAUAUGAAUGAAAUUGGUCAACUCCCGGAUUAUAUGAAGGCUGUUUAUCAAUACAUCAUGAGUAUAUAUGAAGAUUACGAACGAGAGGCAACAAAACAAGGAAAAUCGUUUGCAAAUGUGUUUUUUUAUGAACAUGUGAAACAACUUGCUAGGGCUUUCAACAUAGAGCAAAACUGGAUUAUGGAACGAAAAAUGCCUCCAUUAGAAGAGUAUCUGAAAAAUUCAAUGAUCACAAGUUGCGUUUUUGUGAUGUUCACAGCUCAUUUUCCGGGCAUGAAAUCUGUUACCCAAGAAACUAUUGAUUGGUUGCUCAGUAACCCUAAAAUUGUAGUUUCGACUGCGAUGAUGGGUCGACAUGUUGAGGAUUUGGGCAGCCAUGAAGUAUGAUAGUAUUAUUUCAAUAUUUGUUUUUUGAAAAUUUAUGCAUUAAUUACAUUUAUGCAUGAAUUGAUUUUAAUUUUGAGAUUUGUCACUUAGUUUACAUUCAGAAAUAGUUAA